UGGCGGCAUGUUCGUAUCGAACUAAUCUGUUCCGAUAAUAAUGCGAUUACUUCCUGUUUUCAGGUGAAAAAUGGCAGAGGAGGUAGACUUUACAGAGGAGGAGAAUCCUUUCAAAUUGUGCGUGCUUUGUGCAACUGAUUUAAAGGACAAAUCUCCUAAAUUACUUCCAUGUUUGCACACAUUGUGCAACCCUUGUUUUCAGACGCUCUUCAAGGUACUAAAACCUGAAGAUUCGAAGCCUAAUGGCUCGAAAGAAGAGAGUGAAACAGAAAAGGAAAAUUCUAGUAAAACCGACGGUACUGGAGAAAAAAGUGGCGAUGACACAACUACAGGUGACCAGGUUUUUGUCGUGGAUCUUGAAAAACCGACAAAUGGUGAUACUGCCAAAAAGGAUAGUGAGAAGAACAGUGAGAGUUACACAGUGUCCUGUCCAGCGUGCAGUGUUACAGUUGAUAAAGGUUUGGUCAUUGACAAUCUGUUUGUAAAUGUUGAUGCAGACACACCAAUUGUGAUAGAUGAAGAUGAAGAGGAGAAAGAAGAAAUUCAUAAAUGUACAGCCUGUGAUGAAGAUGAGGAAGCGUUAUCCUUCUGUCUAGAUUGUCGUGAAUGGCUGUGUGAUCAAUGUGUUUUUGCACACAAACGUGUCCGCAUAACCAAAGAUCAUUCUAUUUCACCAAAAAGUGAACUUAAAAAAGACGAUGAACCUCCUGUCACAAAAGGGCAAAAAAGCAUGUUUUGUCAUACCCAUAAACAUGAACCUCUUAAAUUAUUUUGUGAAACAUGUGAUAAGUUAACGUGUCGGGACUGUCAACUCUUAGAACAUAAAGAUCAUAGGUAUCAAUUCAUGAAUGAAGCAAUUUCUAAACAGCGUGAAAUUCUUCAACAUGUGGUGGUGAAAGUAAAACAAAAGUUACAAAAUUACAAUCAAGCUGACAAAAUACUCCAAGCUAAAAACCAAGAAUUAAAGACGAAAUUGGAAGAUGUUUGUGACAAUAUCAGAAAUGUGACUGAUACUCUUGUUAAUGAAAUUAAAUCACAUUCAGAGAAGUUAGUGUCACAUUUAGAGAAAUAUAUAAGUGGUAAAACCAGUGUCAUAUCAGAUAAACAGAGGUUAGUUAAUGAUGCUGUGUUCCGGAUGAAGCAUUCAGUACUGUUUGUGGAAAAUGCUCUAACAUUAGGUGAUGACCUGUCCAUUCUUUACACGAAAGGCUCGAUGAUGAAAGUCCUUGAUCAACUAUCCCGUACAGGCAUUCCAUUUCACCCAAGCAUUCUAAACUAUGCUAUCACAUUCGAACAUGAAAAAGACUUCCUCCUGAAAAACAUUAUAAAAGUGGGACAUUUGGUAAUUGAUGGCACUAAUUAUCCAAAUACAUGGUUAGGGGGUCAUGGAACAUCACAACCUAGCACAGUGCCACUUCCUGGUGCCCCUUUCCAGACCAAUGCACCACACUCCCAUGCUGGCCCUAACAUGACUGUACCACACCGGCCAGCAAUCCCAGGCUUUGAGAGUGUGGCCGCAAGAGUGCCACCUAAUAUAUACAAUCAUAUUAAAAAUCAAGUGAAGAAUUAUCCACCUGAAAAACAACGAGAGAUGUUUCAGAAAAUGGUUGAACAGUACCAGCUCCGACAACAGCAGAAAGCCAUGCAGCAGUUUAGACAGCAACAACAACUACAGCAGCAACAGCAGCAUCAGACACCACAGGGCAUUUACAGUGGGAUUCUUGGUGGCUCCAACUAUUCACAGGUAGCAGGGCAGGUACCAGUUAUUGAGGCCACUCGUAACCUCAACAAUAUUGCCAAUGGGGGCAUGCAGGUGCGUGCUCCUGCCAUGUCCAGUGCACCAAGCAGAUUCCCUGCCAGUGGCGCCAUUCACAAUUUGGCAAGCAUGAAUGCAUCCUACUAUAAUUCUGCAGCACCUAGUCGACCUAAUGCUCCUGCAGGAAAUCGCAAUCAGCCGCCACCAUCUUACAGCAGACCUGUGGUACCCCAAGGUAUGAAUGCAUAUGCCAUGCAGCAGCAAAACUUACCAAAGCGUAGCACGGCCCCUGACCAGUCUGGAUCGGGUGGUUACAGUGCACCACGAUCGGGCUUGUGUCAGGAGGCAUCUGGGCCAACGCAGGCUGGGUACCGCCAGAGGCCACAAGUAUCAACUGAGGGGCAGCACCAGCCAUGUAGCCCCACUGCUGGGUGGCAUACAAGUAUCUGUGAUCUUACCAAUAAAUAUCUGCCCUCCACGCAAUCAGGCCCCAAAACAUUUGAGCAAACAAGAUCCCCAGGUGCACAGGCUGCAUCUCAUGCCAACCAGACACCAAGUCCAGCAGGGGCAGGAUUUGACCAAUCAGGAGGUGCCAGCCAAGGUGGGACUAGGGUGACCCCUGACCUUUCACCUGCUACCAGUACUGCUGAAUCAGGACAUGGGGGACAGGCUGUUGGAUCAACUACUAACAGUCAUGUAAAACAGGAGUUUACAGAAUUUCCUCCAUGUUCCUUUUCCCAAACGCAAGCACAGUCUGUAACUUCAACGCCAUCAGUACCACUGCCCUCCCAGCCACCACCACCACUUGUACACAUGAAGCCACCAGUGGCUCCUGUUGGGGGAGGCAAGACCAUGCCAGUCCCUAACAAUAAUGACCCUAAUGAAGACUACUGUGCUGUUUGUCAGAAUGGAGGUGACCUGUUGUGUUGUGACAAGUGUCCGAAAGUUUUCCACCUUAAGUGUCAUGUCCCAGAGCUAAACACUUACCCAAGUGGAGAAUGGAGCUGUAUCUUGUGUGCUAAGGAAGAUGACUUGUGUCUGACACAUAAGGAAAAUAAGGAUUUUACCAUUGUACCAGGGACUGGCAAGAGAAAGGCUCCAACAGGACUCACAGACAAUGAAAUCAAGGCCUGUGAACGGAUACUGCUGGAACUAUACUGUCAUCAAAAGAGUACCGUGUUUCAUGAACCUGUCAGCAAAGCAGUUCCCAACUACUACAAGAUCAUCACCAAUCCUAUAGACUUUGGUAAAAUUAAAUGUAAACUGCAGCGACAGAACUUCAAUCACUACAACGUUGUGGACGAAUUCAUUGCAGACAUGCUGUUGGUGUUCAGAAACUGCAGAACUUACAACGAUGUAAGUUCCACGGCGCAAGUACAUAACAUCAAAGCAACUUCAGAGAUCUGGAAACAUGGUAAGAUGGUUGAAGAGGAGUUUGAGAACCUGGUACAUCGCUUCCUCCCCUGCUACGUGGAUGUUCUUGAUGAAGAAAGAGAACGCCCAGCUGUAUCAACUUCUCCACAGGAUCCAGCAGCCAAGAAGAAGCGAUCAGAGGAAUCUGCAGUUCAUUUUUUCUAAGUUUUCAUAAAAAAUAAGGGUCUACAUUUCAACAUGGUGAUAUUGAAAAGUUGAUGAGUCCUCAUGUAUUCAUAUUCUAGCUGUCUCAUUUUCAUGGUUGUGUUGUUCUUAAGCAUUUACUGACUGUUGAAUUUCUAUAGUGCUGUUUGUGUAGAUGUGCUGUAGAAUAUUUAUAGGCCAGUAAAUCCAUGUUAGCAUUGAAACCACAUAAAUGUAAUGAAUUCCGAUCUAACUGUAGUAUUUCAUGGGUUAAAAACAAUAUCAAUACCUGUUAUGUGAUGCUGUGCACCUCAUCUAGAGGAGGUAACUUUGAAUGGUCCUAUUGUUUAAAAGGAAGUAUUUCCAAAACUGUCAAUUUUAAAAUUGUAGUAACAAUUUAAUUUAGGGGUUGUCCACCCUAUGUUUUUCUUGAAGAAAUAGGUACAUUACAAGCUGCGCACCUAUACCUUGUACCUGGGCAUUGUAUCAAGUGACAUUAGUUGGCAAUCCUCUGGCCUUUGUAAUUUCAUAGUCUUUGACAUAAUUCAGAAUUUACCAUCUUCAAAUGUCUUGUGAUGUACAAACAGAGGGCUGCUAUUUGUAGAGUUUGGGCUUGACAAUAGAAGAGUAUUGAAUUAGGAAAUCUCUGGAGUAUAGUUCCUAUUUGAAGUUUGAAUUCAGUUGGCUUGCAAGCUUGUCACGUUAAAGUAUAUUUAAACAAAUGGACAAAUGAUAGGUAGUGUAGUUAUUUAUUUUGUAGGCUGACCAAUAUUGGCUCCAGGAGUCGGAUAUCAAGAACCAAAACUGAUGUACAUACUCCAUUAUAUAACCACUCUAUUUAUUUACGACCCUUUAUAAACUUGAUAAAGAUAUAUGUUGUUGAAUGAAAUUUCUUGAGAAACACGCAAUACUUGGACUGAAUUCAGAUCAAAUUGUCUGGUAUGUUGUCUUACACAAUACAUUACUCAAUCAUGAUGUUGUUAGGUGCAAGAAAUUAACACGUUUUCAUACUAAUUGUCAUGUCUUGACAGAAAUGCACAAAAGUUGUCGUACAAAUGGAUGAUUUAUAAACAGUUUGAGAUUAAAUGUCACUGCUUAUUUAUAUAACAGGUGUGUGCAAAAUUAGGGUAUUAUAUAUUAUAUACAUUUUGCAGACUAUUUCAAAGAUAUACAUGGCACACAGAAUUCAGAAUGUAAAUAUCGACAAAUUCCGUUAAAUUUGAAAAGAAAUGUUCAGACCUCUCAGGAACAUAGGUACAUGUUUAAAAAAAAAGAUGCAUAUUAAACAGUGCCCUUUCAUCUUGUAGCAGACUUUUAUUGUGAAAAGUUGAACCCUGCAUUUUAGACAACUGCUGAUACUGAUGAAGUUCAUGUGAUCAGUAAUCUAUAGAUCUACAGCCCAGUCAAAUAAUUGAUUAGUGCUAUCUCUGUGUAUAAGUUAGACACGGAAUGUUAAUUACAAAACGUUGUAUAAAAACUAAUUAAGUUAUAGUGUGAAUGUGACUAGUUGGAGAGGUGUGUUGAAACAUGUACAUCCAGUUUACCAAAGAGUAAAUAAAUGUUUACAUACAUUUUAUUUACAAAUUUGAAUUGCUCUCAGCCUUUACUUGUUUGAUUCAAACUUUUUGAUUAAAUAUGUUACUUAAUCAACUGUAGUGUACAGGAGAAAUCUUUUAAACCUUUACAACUUCUAUACACAGCAGUUAGUAAAAUUCAGCUCUGUCAAUUCACAGACGGCAGAAUCCAUAUUAUCCCUACUUGUGUAAUGCGUAAUCAUCUUGAGGCCAGUCUUAAUUACAAGUUGAAUUUGAAGAGUAUCCAUUAAGAAGAUUUUGGCUGGGGAAAGUUUUCAUGUGGAGAAUUAUGGAUUUUCACAUGAAAAAGUAAUAUUAAAUGUAUUUAUCCUUGCAUAAUUUUGCUGUUGACACUGGGAAUGUUGCAGACGAGAAAUUACCCUGACAUUGCAAAUGAUGUAACAGAUGUAGUAAAUUUCUUCCAUUACACAAUGUAUGUAUGACCAUGUUACUUGCAUUUGAUGAUGUCUGUUUAUUUAUGUCACUGUGAUGUUGAAAUAUUUUCUGAUGUAUAGAACGUACUCUGUGAAGUUGUGCGUGCGUAAUGUCCUUAACAUACCACCGGUUUUGCAAAUGUGUCUGCCAGUUAUAUGUCUGUUUUUUGUUACUGAUGUACGAUAUCCUGUAGAAAUAUACAUACUUUGUGAGGACAGGUGUGUAUUAAGAAAUAUCCAAUUGUGUUCUGUAAAUAUUUUAAGUCUUGAAGGAAAUAUGUGACUAAUGAAUAUUUUGCCAUGUUUAAUUUUGAUACUUUCAUGCAAUUACUGUUUGCAUGAUCCACAAACAUGACUCAUAAAAAAGUCAA